CUCAGCGACGAAACGCGCCUUCUCUCUCACUACAUCGAUCAAAUGGCUUCUUCUUCACAUAAUCCAUACCAUAAAUCCCCCCAACCCCCUCCUCUGGUUGCUGUGCUGCUCUCUUACGAAGUUGGAAAGAGGGAAGUUUGGAACAGAGGAUUGCGAAGGAGAUGGGUAGCUUGGGCGAAGCUAGUGGAAAGGAGAUGUUUCCGAGCCCUCCAGAUCCUGUUAUGAUCGAACUCAAUCGAUUGGAGAAUCAGCUUAGAGACAAGGAGAGGGAGUUGGAACUUGCCAACUAUGCAAUCAAGGCCUUGAAAGUGACAGAACUUAUGAAAGAUAAAGCUGUAGUGGAGCUUAACAAUGAAUUGAAGAAACUUGAUGACAAGCUCAGAGCUUCCGAGAACCAACUAGAGCAGAAGAAUCUUGAUAUCAAGAGGCUAAUCAAUGAGAAAAAAGAAGCCUUGGCUGCACAGUUUGCUGCUGAGGCAGCUUUGAGAAGAGUUCAUGCAUCUCAAAGGGAUGAGGAAUACCUUCCAGUAGAGGCUGUUAUUGCUCCGCUCGAGUCUGAUUUAAAAAAGUACAAGAAUGAGAUUGCGAAACUUCAAGAGGAUAAAAGGGUUCUACAACGGCUCACAAAGUCUAAAGAGGCAGCUUUGAUUGAAGCAGAAAAUAUUUUGUGCACCGCACUCGAACGGGCACUGAUAGUAGAGACUGUGCAAAACCAGAACAUUGAAUUGAGAAGGAAAAUAGAGAUAUGCCAGGAAGAAAAUAAACUUUUGGAGAAAACACAUCGUCAGAAGGUUGUAGAAGUGGAGAAGCUUACUCAAACUAUUCAUGAACUUGAGGAAUCUAUUCUUUCAGGCGGUGCAGCUGCUAAUGCUGUGCGUGACUAUCGGCGCCAGGUUGCUGAAUUAAAUGAAGAGAAAAAAACUCUUGAGAGAGAGCUAGCAAGGGCUAAAGUUUCAGCAAAUCGGGUGGCAACCGUGGUCGCAAAUGAGUGGAAGGGUGACAGUGACAAAGUCAUGCCUGUCAAGCAAUGGCUGGAAGAGCGAAGAAUUUUACAGGGAGAGAUACAACGGUUGCGGGACAAGGUAGCUGUAGCAGAGAGAACUGCCAAGGCAGAAGCCCAGCUCAAGGAUAAACUAAAUUUGAGGCUGAAGACAUUGGAAGAAGGUCUAAAGCAAGCACCAAGCUUAUCAAUAAAGCAAGUUGAAAACUCCGAGAAAAAAUUUGGGUGCUCUUCAAAUGAUGAACCAAAAAAGGGAUCAACAUCUCAUGCAAGGGCUUCUGUUGCUGCCUGCAGACUCUCAGUUUUACAACAGCCUAAUUCUGUAUCAGAAGGUGUGGUCACAAGCAGAAAUAUCAAACCAACAAAUAGCUUAAAAAAGAAGUCCGUUAUUGGAGAAAAUCUGGUUAGAAAGAAUCUCUGCGCUCCAAAAAGCAAAUUUUUUGACAAUGAUGAUGGGAAGGAGAAUGCAGAAAGAUUUGCUAACACUAAUGGUAAUAUAACUAAUUUUAUUAAAGGGAAUACAGAGCCUUCACAAGAACUUAAAGCCAAAGGAUGUGGUGACAUUGAGUCACAAAAUAAGGGUGGUUCAGGAGAUGGCUGUGAUGUUACUGCUCAAAUAAAAAAAAUGUUUCCACAAGAAGUUACAGUCAAAGGAGUUGGUGACAUCAAGUCAGAAAAAAAGGGUGGUUCAGAAGAUGCCUGUGAUGAUUUGGUAUCAGGUUUUCUGUAUGACAGACUGCAAAAGGAAGUCAUCAACUUAAGAAAAUCACAUGAGGAGAAAGAUAAGCUGUUGAGUGCUAAGGAUGAUGAAAUCAAGUUGCUCCAGAAAAAGGUUGAUGCACUAGCGAAGGCAAUGGAAGUGGAGUUAAAGAAGAUGAGGAGAGAAGCAGCAGCUAGAGAAAAGGAAGUAUUGGUGAAGUCAGAGGAUACUAAACCAAGAAGAGAAACCCCAAUCAUCUCAAGAAGAGCUCUGAAUCAUCAGUAAGCCCCAAAAAAACUCAAGAACUUAAAUUUGCUUCAAUCCUCGUUUGAUGUUCUUAUGUACUGCUUGGGUGAGAUGAUUGUUCCUAUUUUAAAGACAUUUGUGUUUACAGAGGGAGGUCGAGUGCAAUUAUGUAAAACCCUAGACUUUCAUAUUGUAAAUUAUACACAUUAUGGAAUGAAAGCAAAUUCAGUUUUCUGUAAA